AUGUCUUCGGCAGCCGCUGCGCCGUCGCUGCAUCUGAACGGUGGCAGCGCGGUAUCUGCAGAGGUGCUUCGCGAGGCCGACUUCCUCCAGAAGAUUCUGCAGAUACGCGAUGAUGUGCUCGCUAGCAAACACCCGCGUAUACACCUCCCAGCCAAAGUAAUUGAACAGGUUGCGCCGCGUCUGCCCCAGGCUGCCUUGGGCAGACCCUCGACCAACGGCACGUCCAACGGAUCCUCAGCACAGCUGCUACCGCCGCGCCCAGCGUCUUCAGCGCGACCUCCCACGUCCCCCCUCCCCCCUACACAGCGACCCUAUUCGGCCAAGUCGUCGUCGUCGAGCAUCGAUCCCGUCUUGCUCACAAAGUCGGAACACCUAGUCAAGGCCGAGCAGCAGCUCAAGCGGCAGCAGAUAGAGCGCGCUCUCAAGGACCAGUUUGACCGCAAGGGCCGCGGCAACGAUGGUGAUGAGCGAGAGGCUCUCCUCGACGUGGAGCAGUGUUUGAUCAAGGCUCACCAACUGGUUCCGCCUGUUUCUGGCUUACCAUGCACGGCUAACAACAGCGACGGUGCCGAGUCGUUUGACGAAAACUCGUACUAUUCUAGCAAAGCAGACAGCUGGUCGCCCGAGGCGGAUGGCGCUGACCACAGGCAUGCUGCUGCAACUCCACUGACCCCGCAGGCCCAGCAAACUGCCCAACAAGUGACUGUUGAUUCUCAGCCCCCACUGAUCGAUCUGGACGAGGAGGCCUAUGAGCCGGCUGAUGACAUAGAAAUCUAUGAGCCUGAGCCAGCGCAAGUGCAUGAGGAUGGUGACGAAGAAGAAGACUAUUCGCCGCCGCCAGCCGACGUCGGCCCCAGUGAGCCUUCAAGAGGCCGGGCGCGCAACCGUAAUGGCGGAACCAACGGAUCGCGCCGACAAAGCCCGGCUGGCCCGGCGACAUCUGUACAGAACCCUCGAAAGCGGAGAAGAGAAGAAAAGCGCGAGCGCGAAGAAAAGAGGCGCCAGCAACAAGCCAAACGAGUGCCCCAAUCGCCAGAACCUUAUAUCAAAGAAGAACCGCAGUCGCCGCCUCCGUUUGCAGCGUACCCCGACUCUCAGCCAAACAAGCGUCGUGCAGUACAGGCGCAUGCCGACGAUGUAGAGCUAGUGUCGGCACAGGAAAGUCCCAGGACACAGCCCGUGUACUACCGCGAGCAGGAACCUCUGGUGCGGUACCGCGAGUUUGAUGAGCCUUCAUCUCCUACCGUGGUACGGACGCCACAACGCAAACCACAGCGCGACGAUCAAGAUCUUAGGCGGGUUGCGAGCCUGCAGUAUGCGCGAAGACCGUACUCUCCGAGUGCAGGUGGGGAAAUGUAUGCGGCGCCAGAGCCUCGCCAGAUGCGUGCAGCGUCGCACGCCUUCAUCGACCGUCCCGAGGUGCCCGUGUUUCGAGAAGCGUCUGUCAGGCCGUCAGCAGCACCGAGAUAUGUUGGCGACCGGUCGCGGUCGCCUGUCCACGAGUACAUUUCACAUGGGCAGUCACCAAUGUACAUGGCACCGCCACCGCGCCGAAUUGUGGUGGACCAGUACGGAAACAAGUACUACGCUGCGCCAGUGGAUGCUCGGGAGUCGAUGGCACCGCCGAGCAGACGCAUAGAAGUGGACCCUUUUUACGAGCGCGCCGUUACCCGAGAGCCUACGAUGCGGGCGCCUGUCCGGGCGGAGGUGUACGAGGACGAGGCUAUACAGAGGAUGCCGCCGCCACCCCGGCGCUAUGUUGAAGCGCCAGAGGGGGAGAUGAUUGAGAGUGCGUAUCGUCAGCGCGAGGCGUCUCGGCGGCCAGUCGAGGUGGAAUACCGAGCAGGGCCACAGUUUGAAGACAUGGGCGCACGGCGAGAGUACCCGUCAGUGCGGGCCUACAGCAUGCGGCCGGAGGGCGUUCGGCGAGAAAUACCCGAAGGGUACAUUCGUCACGAGAGCAUCCAGCCGGCGGGGGUGCGGGCGCCUCCAAGUCGGUACCGCGAGGUUAGUGUUGUGCAUGCAGAGGGGUUUGACGAGCGGCGGUACAUGAGCGCGGUGCAGGGGCGGCGUUACAUUGAGGAAGGGCCUGGAAUGGAGGCAGGGCCUGAGGGCUACGCGGGCGAGGGGCGUCAUGUGUAUGCGCGGUACUAG